AUGUUAUUUCGAUUGGUGAUAAUUCCGCAACUGCUACAAUUGCUACAAUUUUGUUUAGCCGGCGAUAUCACCGAUUUUUAUCGACCACGGCGCAUUAUUGAAUAUGAUCAAUUCCCAAUGAUAUCGCGUUUGUCGCAGACAUUAGAAGAUGUAAACAAUAAACCACUGCCAGUAUAUAACGUAAUGACACCAAAAGAAGUUGUCGAAAAUGCUGAAUUUCCAUCAAUGGCUUUUAAAUCGAGUACUACAGUUAUUGCUCAACAACCAAAUUCGAUGGCAUAUCUGGCCGAAUUUCGACUAUCAUCGAUUGAUGCAACAUCAACAGCAACUCCUGUAUCAACAAGUGGUACAAUCAUCGGAUCAAAGGAUGAUAAGAAUUACAUGUUAGCAACAGAGCAGAAAAUGGAGGAAGUAUAUGAUAACCAACCUAGCAAUGAAAUUUUCAAACAUCGAGUGGUAAAAAUGGCUGUUGCUCCAAGUAAUGCGCCAGAAGUUAGAAAUCCCUAUGCCGCUGCUAACAACUAUGAAAGUGAAAUAAUGGGACAAAAACCGCUGGAAGAAGAUCAAUAUGCGCACAAAAAAAAGCACAGGUAA